UGUUCGUUACGUCAAAAAAUGGUCAAGGACAGUCGGUGAACGUUUUGAUUGCUUGAGUGUUUUGUAGUUGUCAUCAUCAUUAUUACUGGUUACUUUUUGUGCGACGUUGAAGCCGGUAGGUCAUCAUCUCUAGCAUAAUAUACGGUUCUAGAGAAAGGUUUCCAUUAUGAGUUCAAACUGCAAAGCGCUGUUAUGGGCAACAGUAGCGCUGGUCCUUCAAAUUGUCGUGGUCGCGUUACUUUUAUUGGUCUUGCCUGGAGUUCCUCCAAAGGACGCCACUUUUGAUGAAGCAUACAAAGUAACAAAAACUCUUCCACUUGAAGGCAAGCUUGCCUUAAAUGAUAAAUUAGCAAAACUGCAGACUUGGCAUAAUGAUAGGUUGAUAGAACCAGAAGGUUUUGCAAUUUAUAAAGAUGAGAUUUAUACAUCACUUGGAACUGGAGAAAUAGUAAAGCUGACUGGAAGUAAACAUAUAACUCAUGUGGCGAAAUUUGGUAAAGAAUGUAAAGAAUUAUGGGAUGAGCAUAUUUGUGGAAGGCCACUGGGUUUGACCUUCGACAAGAAUGGUAUCUUGUAUGCCACAGAUGCUUAUUAUGGCAUUUUUAAAGUUAAUGUUGGGACUGGAGAUAUUGAACAGCUUGUUGGUAAAGAUGUGCAAAAUGUGGGUAAGAAUCCAAGGAUAUUCAAUGGUAUUGCUGUUACAAGUGAAGGAGUUGUCUACUGGACUGACUCCAGUACUAGUCUGGACUUGGCCAAUGGUGUUUAUGACAUGCUGGCUGAUCCCACUGGCAGAUUAUUAAGUUAUGAUCCAAAUACUGGAAAGAACCAGGUAUUAAUGAACAAGAUCCACUUUGCCAAUGGUCUAGUACUUUCGGAAGACGAAGAUUAUUUGUUGAUUUCUGAAACUGGAAGAAGCAGGAUUCACCGUUAUUACAUUAAGGGACCCAAGAUGCACCAGCACGAUAUCUUUUUGGAUGGUCUUCCAGGUUUGCCUGAUAAUUUGAGCCGCGAUGGAAAAGGAGGAUACUUAAUUCCUAUGAUCACCACCCACGACGCAGGAUCGCCUAGUCUCGUUCAAAUCUUCGGUCCUUUCCCAAAAUUUAGAAAGAUAGUCGCGAGAUUUGUUGCAGUCGUCGAUUCAGCUUUCCUGGUUAUAGACAAAUAUUACCCAAAUCGCGUCUGCAAGUUGAUUAGUCACGGCAUUGGAAAUUUCAGAUAUAUUCCUGAAUAUUUGAAACCUACGAGAAUUUCAGUACUUCAAGUAUCAGCGUCUGGCGAAGUUUUGGACUCAUUGCAUGGAAAUAACUUGCCUUUCGUUGGAUUUAGCGAAGCCCAAAUUUUCAAGGAUCAACUGUUGUUAGGAUCACCGUUCCAUGAUUACAUUGCUACAGUGCCAUUGGUAGAAAUUGGCUGGAAACAUUUGGAUCAGGAUCCGUCGAGUAAUGAUGAUCCGACCAAGAUUAUACCGCUAUCGACUGAAUUCGAAGAUGAAGCAUCACGUCCCAUUCACGCACCGAAACCGACCCAAGCUCCAAAGGCAAAGACUACAACUACUGCACCAACAACAACCACGGCCCCAAAAGUUCAAACUCAGGCGCCAACCCAAGCACCCAAACCGAAGCAGACUGCACCACCUAAGCAAACUCCAAGACCCACACAUGCUCCAAAACCAACACAGCCUCCGAAACUGCAGGAGACCAAACAGACUCCAAAAGCAGCUCCACCUACUCAAGCCCCCAAGAAGACACCUCCACCUACUCAAGACCCUAAGAAGACACCUUCACCCACACAAACCCCCAAGAAGACACCUCCACCCACACAAACCCCCAAGAAGACACCUCCACCCACACAAGCCCCAAAGAAAAUACCUCCACCUACUGUAAAGCAAGCAGCUACCCAAACACCCAAAGUGCAAGCGCAAAAAUCUAAAGUAGAAGUACCGAAAACCACCAGUACACCUCCAGCUACUAAACCGCAAACCAAAGAAGCGCCUAAACCCACCCCUAGUCAAUCCAAGCCCACGAAGGAUGUUCCAAGAAACGAACUUUAAAAAGUAUUGAAGCACUGCAUUGACUCAUAUUUUAUCGCCUGUGAUAAAAGCAGCUAUAAAUAACAACAGCAAACAAACCAACGUGUAACAACAAUAAUGCAGUGAGAUUACACUGCAUGCCAAUAUCAAAUUCCAACGAUUAAAAACAAUACACUUACAUUUCCAGAAAAAGUAAAUAAAAAAAAAUAAUAAU